CAGACUAUCUAAACCCACAGCACCGCCCCGAGACGCUGAAAAGUGAUCGCUUCCCAACCUGCUCAUUUACAAUGCAUAUUGAGGGAUACGCGAUGAUUUGGUUGUAACACGUGCUGGCUAUAAAACAAGGAAGCCUGAGAGGGAUGGCUGGAGGAACACACCUUACAGGACACAUGAUGUGAGAAGACAGCAAGGAGACAUAACAAUCCAGGAUGUCCAUGCUAUCACCUAUCCUGAGUCCACCAGAGAUCAAAAGUUACUUGUCCAAGGGGGAACGCUUCAUAAAAUGGGAUGAUGAAUCAUCUACAGCAUCUCCAGUCAUUCUACGUGUUGACCCAAAAGGUUAUUAUGUGUACUGGACUUUCCAGAGCAAGGAAAUUGAAUUUAUCGAACUGACCAGUAUCCGAGACACGCGAUUUGGAAAAUAUGCCAAAAUCCCAAAGAGUCAGAAAUUACGAGAAGUCUUCAACCUGGACUUUCCUGAAAAUAAUUUCCUGGCCAAAACCCUUUGCAUCGUCACUGGGUCAGACAUGGUGGAUCUCACCUUUCAUAACUUUGUAUCCUACAAGGAGAACGUCGGCAAGGACUGGGCUACUGACAUCAUGACCAUCAUCACAAAUCCUAUUCUGAACAACGCUUCCCGUUAUUCCUUCUAUGAGAAAAUACAUGUAAAACUCAUGCUUCAAUUAAAUGCAGACGGAAAGAUUCCUGUACGCAAUAUUUUCCAGCUGUUUCCUGCCGACAGGAAGAGAGUAGAACAAGCAUUACACUCUUGUCAUCUUUCAAAGGGGAAAAAUGAUUCCAUCAACCCAGAGGACUUCCCUGAAACCGUCUUCAGAACGUUCCUGAAUUAUCUGUGUCCACGGCCAGAGAUAGAUGAAAUCUUCACUUCCCACCAUUCUAAAGCCAAACCUUACAUGACUAAAGAUCACCUCACCAAGUUUAUCAACCAAAAGCAAAGAGACAGUCGCUUAAAUGAGCUGCUCUUCCCUCCUGCAAAGAUUGAGCAAGUGCAAACUCUCAUACAAAAAUAUGAGCCCAGUGCUAUCAACAAACAGAGAGGGCAGCUGUCUCCAGAAGGUAUGGUUUGGUUCCUCUGUGGGUCUGAGAACAGUAUUGUGUCAAUGGACAAGUUACUUGUGAAUCAGGAUAUGAAUCAACCUCUUACUCACUAUUUUAUCAACUCCUCUCACAACACUUACCUCACAGCUGGUCAGUUUUCUGGGGUCUCAUCCCCUGAAAUGUACCGACAGACUCUGCUCUCUGGUUGCCGCUGUGUGGAGCUAGACUGCUGGAAGGGGAAGCCUCCUGAGGAAGAACCCAUUAUCACUCAUGGAUUUACAAUGACUACAGAGAUCCUUUUUAAGGAUGUCAUUGAAGCUAUUGCCGAAUCAGCGUUCAAAACUUCUCCUUGUCCCAUCAUCUUGUCAUUUGAAAACCAUGUAGACUCUGCCAAGCAGCAGGCAAAAAUGGCUGAGUACUGCAGAACAAUAUUUGGAGACAUGUUACUGACUGAUGUUCUGGAAAAAUUUCCAUUGAAACCAGGAUGUCCAAUACCAAGUCCCAAUGAUUUGCAAGGCAAAAUCCUGAUAAAAAACAAGAAGAACCAGGCUUUUUUAUCUUCAGAGAAGAAAGCCCAAACCAAUGACCCAGCAAGUGCCGAACAGGGAAAUUUUCUGACAAAUGAAAACUCAGAUAAUCAAGCAGAAGAGGAGGCAGGGAAAGAAGGUGAAAGUGAUGAAGUUGUAGAAAAUGUGAAUGAAGAAGAAAUUAAACAAAUGCAGUCAGAUGAGGGCACUGCUGGUCAGGAGGCAACAGCUUAUGAAGAGAUGUCAAGUUUGGUCAACUACAUCCAGCCAGUGAAAUUUGAUUCAUUUGAGGUGUCUGCACAAAAGAAUCAAAGUUAUGUCAUUUCUUCAUUCGUGGAAACUAAAGCCUAUGAUCUACUGACCAAGUUCCCAGUGCAGUUUGUUGAAUACAAUAAGAGACAAAUGAGUAGGAUUUAUCCAAAGGGAACCAGGAUGGAUUCAUCUAACUACAUGCCUCAAAUGUUCUGGAAUGCAGGAUGUCAGAUGGUGGCGCUCAACUUCCAAACGAUGGACGUGGCAAUGCAGCAUAACAUGGGUCUCUUUGAGUUUAAUGGCAGAAGUGGGUACAUACUAAAACAUGAAUUCAUGAGGCGUGCAGACAAGCAAUUUGAUCCCUUUACAGUUGACCGUAUUGAUGUGGUUGUGGCUAACACACUUUCAAUUACAAUAAUUUCAGGUCAGUUCCUCAGCGACAAAAGUGUGAAAACCUAUGUAGAAGUUGAGUUGUUUGGACUGCCUGGAGAUCCUAAGCGAAAGUACAAAACCAAAUUAACCUCUACUGCCAAUUCAUUAAAUCCUGUAUGGAAAGAAGAGCCAUUUGUCUUUGAAAAGAUCCUAAUGCCGGAGAUGGCAUCUCUAAGAGUUGCAGCUUUUGAAGAGGGAGGAAAAUUCAUUGGUCAUCGGAUCAUUCCUGUUGAUGUGAUUAGAUCAGGUUACCAUCAUAUGUGUCUACGGAGUGAAAGUAACAUGCCGCUUACAAUGCCAUCUCUGUUUGUCUAUGUGGAGGUGAAAGACUAUGUGCCAGAUACAUGGGCAGAACUUACCCACGCUCUCUCAAAUCCCAUCAAAGCUUUCAAAGCCCAGGAGAAGUCACUAAAGAUAAAUAACAAGACAUCUGACGAGAAAACCAUCAAGCUCCACUCCAAUGGCUCGUGUGGCUCUAUUAAACUGCCGAGCGCCUUACUGCAGAACUGCACCCCGCGUAAAGGUUUAGCAAACUGUGCGAAAACGGAUCCUAUGAAUGAAGCAGCAGAACCAGAAACCACAAAUCAGGAUGAAUUACAAAAACAGAAAAGUUUUAUAAAACUUCAGAAGAAGCAUGAGAAAGAGUUAAAGGAACUGGAGCGCAAAGGAAUGAAGCGAAGGGAAGAGAUUCUUCAAAAGUAUUCUGGUGCCUUCAGUGACUUGCAUACCCAGAUGAACAAGAAGAAGACCAGCAAGAAAGCCAACAAAAAUCCAGAGGAAGAAUACGGCUCAGUGUGGGGAGCUGGUGAAAUGCCAGGUAAACCAGAUCCUAAGGUUGUUGACUUGAAAGAGAAGCUAGAAGAGGAACUGAUGCGCCUUGGAGAGGAGCUGUAUGAGAGUAUCUGGAAGAAGAAAGAGCAGCAUUCCAUGGAGCAAAUCUCCAAACUAAUGGAGUUGGCGCAAGAAAAGCAAGCAGCAGAACUAAAAGUCCUGAAGGACUCAACAGACAGUGACACUAAACAGAUGAAGAAAAAGCUGGAGAUGAAGAGGGUGGAAAGACUUGAAGCCAUGAGCAAGAAUACAAUGGAUAAAGCUGCUCAGGAGAGGUUAAAAAAGGAGAUAAACAACUCUCAUAUUCAAGAAGUGGUGCAGGUCCUACAAAUGGUAUCUGAUAAAUGGAGCAACCAGCAACAGAAAUUAGAAGAAAGGCAGACUGAAGGACUGCAAAGAAUCAAAGAGAAAGGAGAGCAAACUCAAAAAGACCUUCAACUUGAAUACCAGGAAAAGGUGAAGAGCUUGGAGCUGGAAAUACCAACUCUGGUUCACGACUGCAUGGCACCAUGCUUUCCCUCAGAAGCCAAAUCUUUGAAAAAAGAGCCAGAAAACUGUGCAAACAGGUGGGAAUUUCUAUUUGCAAAACACGACAAAGUAGAAUCUCCCACCGUUACUGAAGAGGAGUCAAAAACCAAGAAUGACCCACCAGCAAAUGAGGUAGAAGCUGGAACUUUGGGCAGCAGCCCGGCUACAGAACCACUUUCCACAGCCGAUUCAGUGGGUGAGAUAUCUACAAAUGAGGCCUCAUCGAGUGACGCUCCAACAUCUUCAGACGUAGUGGAAAAGAUCUCCUCAGAGGAAGUAUCCACACAAUGACAACCUAUAGCCAGAACUUUGGGAACAUCUACCUAGUCAUUUAGGAUCUGCCUAUCGAUAGAAGUGUUUUCUGUUUGGAAUGGACAAAAACAUUAGACUGGAAUUUAAAUUAUUGUGUUUGUGAUAAUCGAGGUGACUUGUAUUUGGGCAAUGGGAAUAUUAAUAUUUAACUGUAGAUGUUUGUGAUGGAACUCAGUGUAUCAGACAAGUAGGAAGGUUUUCCUGCACUUGAGGCAAAAAUUCUAUUUGCCUCCCUCCCCCAUAUGAAGCCUAACUCCAUUUGCUGCACAUGCAACCCCAUCAUUUAAAGCAACAGAACAUAUUAUGGUUUGUUUUUGUGUGAAUGUUUUAGGAGGCCUGCAACUUUUUUUUUUCCCAUCAACAUUUUGUAGUAUAUACAAGUUCUUGAUUGUGUUUUAAUCUUGGCACAUUAACAAAAAUUUUUAAAAAAAGCUAUUGAUUGACACCUGGCAUGAAAAGGCAGGCUUCAAGGGGAGCAGGUGAAUCCCGUGGUGGGCCCCUAGUCUCCCACCCCCUGCACAAGUGGCACAUGGCACAGUAGAGUGACUGCACUACAUAUAGACAACAUACAUCUCAACCAGCCUAUGUCUCCACAUAUAAAAGAUUAUUUAACAAAUAUUAUAGAUGCAUUGGGUGGUUAAGAUGACUUCUAGGCACAAGGGCAGGCUGGCCAGCAUCUUCUUCAAAGGACCCACCUUCUCGCUGCUGCCCGUCGCUGGGUGUGCGUGUGCCUGGCUCAUAUGGCUUAGGGGAAGACCACACUGUGUGGCCGUGCUGUGUUCAAGUAUCUCGCAGCCGAAAGGUCUACAAUAGACUCUAAUUAAACUAAUGAAGACCACCCUGAUCAGUGAAGUCUGUAUUGUUAAUGACCAGCUGGCACCUUCAAUACCACACCAUGUAGUCGUACCCUUAGAGGCUCAUAGUCCAAGGCAAGAGACAGUCAGCAGGAUAGGUCUCCAGGACAGACUAGUCUGAGGCACAGCCUAGUCAGCAGUUUUAAUGAUUUUCGAUAGGGGUCAUGUAGUACUUGCAUAUAGCUGCAUAGUGGCCCCAAGGCACCCCAGUUUGACUAUGGAAGUCAUAACUGCACACUUGUCUGGAAUAGUAGCAAAGCAGUCACAUAACUCCCAGCAAGUAUUGUCCAUGGGUCCUAUGCUAAUUAAUGGCACUAAUGCAUGAUACUUGAUAAUCAUUGGGCAGUAAGUGGGCAGAUAUGGUUCUCGAAAUA